AUGUCCGGGGAUCAGAGCGUAUUUGCCGCAAAGGAAAAAGUGAAGAAGAAUAUUGUUGAGAUAGAUGAUGCCCAGUAUAUCCUCGAGUCAAAGAGUUCGAAUCAUAUUCGCCAUCUAAGCACCCAGCUUACACAACUUCGAGAAAACUCUCAGCUAUGUGAUGCUGUUCUGGUCGUCAAGGGAGCAAGGAUGAAAGCCCACCGGGUAGUGCUUGCUGCAUGUUCGAAUUACUUCAAAGCCAUGUUCACAGCUGACAUGGCUGAAAGCUGUUCACCUCGUAUGUUUACUAUCCGUAAUUUCUGUCGCUCUACGUUACGAAUCAUUGUUGUUUUAUAUUUUUGUGUCGGGUUGCCG